AACAUGAUUUACACGCGUUUUCCAAACCGACGCGUCCAGAAGGUUGGGGAUGCAGAUGGGUUUUCUGCGUGAGUGUGGGUUGGACACGUGUUCAAGUACGUGUUAGCUUCAUUUUUGGGACAGUGCCACCGAUCAAGCAUAAUCAGAUCCUCCUCUUCCUGCGGUUGUUAGUUGGCAAAGCGUUCGCGAUCUUCUUCUUCUUCUUGUUAUUGUUCGAUGGCUCUAAACCCUCAACUGUUCCCGAACGGGAUGCCCGUUCCUUUCGUCAACGAGCUGUUUGUCUUGACCAGAGACGGAGUCGAAUUCGAGGUCGAUAAGAUUCCCGGAUCUCAUGGAGGUCACUUUAAAGCAAAGGGAACGAUCUACUUGUCCAAUAUACGCAUGGUCUUUGUUGCAAAUAAGCCUGUUGGGAACUUAACUGCUUUUGAUAUGCCUCUGCUUUAUGUCCAUGGUGAAAAAUUCAAUCAACCAAUAUUUUUCUGCAACAAUAUUUCUGGUCAUGUGGAGCCUGUAGUUCCAGAGAGCCAGAAUAGGGCACUUUACUCCACUCAUUCAUUCAAGAUUUUGUUCAAGGAAGGGGGUUGUGGAACCUUUGUUCCACUCUUUUUUAACUUGAUCUCUUCAGUGAGACAACACAAUCAACAAUCUAACUCCGGGGGACAACCUCGUUUGGAUCCUCUGCAAGCAGCAGAAACUCCUGUUGAUGAAAUGAUGAGACAUGCAUACGUUGAUCCUAAUGAUCCAACAAGAAUUUUUUUACAGCAGCCCACAUCUGAGUCUCAACUGAGGAGACGCACGUACAAGUCCCACUCUGCUGAGGACGCCAUGUAAUAUUAAUCUCAUGUAUUAUAGCGUAUUUGAAGAAAACCAGUAAAUUACUACUAUUUUGAUGUGUGACAAAACUGCAUGGAACCCACUUCUUUUCUGUUUUAUGAAUAAAAGUUAUUAUUUUGUCA